CUGGUGAGAAAGAGAGAGAGAGAGAGAGAGAGAGAGAGAGAGAGAGAGAGUCAAACACCAACUCGCCGCGGCUCUGAACGCACCCCACAUACAAAGUAAACGGGAGGACCGCUCCGCUCGUGCUGGCGGAGCUGCUCGUUUCACCCGUGGAUACUAUUACACAACAGCCGUCGUCUCCGAGCCCUGUCCGUGGGAUACUCUAGCCUAACAUCCUCCUCACAGUUUGAUUACCUCCUUUUUUAUAUCACCUCCCCUCUUUUUUGUUUUCUUUCCCCAUCUUUCCUCCCCUCUCCUCAUCCUUGAGCAUCCUCUCCACCCCCUUUUUUUCCUCGCAAGUCUUCUUGCCUGCCUAGGCUUAACUUUUCCAACCGACUCCAUCCCACACAACCUUCUCCAUCGCUCACCAACAACCCUUGGCCGCCCCCACCACCACCACCAACCACCACCACCAACCCCCCCUCACCCCCAGUCCUCCUCUUAUUGCAGCAGCCUCCCCUGGAUCGGGCGGAACCCAUUUGGUCAGUCUACAUCGGGGGGUUACACAGCUACAUGGGGCGCACGGUCUCGCUCGGAAAAUGGUCUGCCGUCGGUCUCUAAGCGCCCCGCUGAACCUGCCGGGAUUGGAGUUGUCGGUGCGCGUCUGCGUCUCUUUCCCACCUCGCCUGUGCUGUCGGGACCAGUGAGAUAUGGGUCUCUCUGUGACGGCGCAGGCACCGCUCGAAGAGCCCCGACGGCUGCGCCAGUGGAGCGGGACGGCAGGAGGCUGGCUCAGGAUCACCCUCGUCUCAUUUCUCGCCACUUUACCUGUGGAGCAGCUGCGCGCCUUCCCUUCCUCCCUCAGCGACUGCCAGACGCCGACCGGCUGGAACUGCUCCGGUUUUGAUGACCGGGACACAGACCUGUUCUUGUGCGACACCAACACAUGCAAGUUCGAUGGGGAGUGCCUAAGAAUUGGGAACAUGGUGACAUGCAUUUGCGACUUCAAGUGCAACAAUGACUAUGCUCCAGUGUGCGGCUCGAACAAUCAGAACUACCAGAACGAGUGUUUCCUGCGCAGGGAUGCCUGCAAGCAGCAGUCUGAAGUACUUAUUAUGUCAGAAGGCGCCUGUCCUGCUGAUGCCGGCUCAGGAUCAGGAGACGACGGAGGAGAGGGCUCAGCCGAGGCCGGGCAGAAAGAAACAUCCACCUGUGAUAUUUGCCAGUUUGGGGCUGAGUGCGAUGUGGAUGCAGAGGAUGUUUGGUGUGUUUGCAACAUCGACUGUUCCCACAUCAGUUUCAACCCGGUGUGUGCCUCAGACGGUCGUUCCUAUGACAACCCCUGCCAGGUGAAGGAGGCGUCCUGUCAGAAGCAGGAGCGCAUCGAGGUCAAGUACCUGGGCCACUGCCAAGGCGACAUCAUAAAUGGGAACAAAGGCGAAGAUGGACACUCUGCACGGACCAACAUAGACGAUGAUGAAGAGGAUCAGCUGGCCCAUGGCCUGUACACCCCCUGUCCAGAUCUCUACAAAAACUACUGCGUCCACGGGGAGUGUCAGUUCCCCAGAAUCCUGGCCCAGCCUUCCUGCAGCUGUUACUCGGGUUUUAGAGGCCCCCAGUGCGACAUCAAAGAGUACAACGUGCUCUACGUCGUGCCAGGCUCCGGCAAACUGCACUACGUCCUCAUCGCCUCUAUCAUUGGAGCACUCCAGGUGGUCAUCAUCUGUGUGGUGGUGCUCUGCAUUACCAGGAAGUGCCCGCGGACCAACAGGAUCAACCGGCAGAAGCAGAACAAUGUCCACUUCAGUUCAGAAAACACCAUGCGCGCCUCCACUCGACUUAUCUGAGCCCAGACACACCGGACAGAGUCCCCCUCCACGUUACAGAGCGCUGUGGCGUUAGAUGUUCUCCCUCAUAGGCCAACCCCUGAAAAUUAGGAUCUGCUUCCCCUCACUCCUCGCCCUCUCUUCCAGUAUGAACUCUAAGAAUGCCCAGGGAGGACGGUGGCACAGCAGAGACAGAGCUGGCGUGAACCGGUCAGUGACGAUAACGUCGUCAGCAGUCAACACCGCCGCCCAAACCCCUUCAAUUGCAGAUGAAGUGUGUCUCCUUGCACCUUGUCACUUCCACCCAGGGUUUUUCUGAAAAACUGAAUCAUGAGGUGUUGGAGGUUGCUGAGGAUACAGAAUGUGUGAGUGUGUGUGUGUGCGUGCGUGUGUGUGUGUGAAUGUGUAUUACAUGUGUGAGUUUUGGUAGAGGCGGGCUAGCCGGUGUCUGUCGUUUGUAGACGAGGGGUUAAAGCAAAAUCGGGGUAGUGCAAAGCAGGGUAACGGGCUUUAAAUGAGGUGUGUGUUGUGUUG